GUUUUCUGGUUUAUCAUUGCUGUAAAGAGAACCACAUACGUGCUUGUUUUCCUGUUUUCUUUACUACACAAAACGUAGCAUGUAUGUUACUCUUUGUCACUUUGCCCUUUUGACUUUGGGAUAUACAGACUGCUCCCUAUCAAUUCAGAAAUUUUCCUCAUUCUUUUUUAGCACUCCAUUGUGCAUAUGUGCCAGUUUAUUUAACCAGUCUUCUGUGCUUGGACAUUUACAUAGGUUUCCAGAUUUUUCAGUUACAUAUAAUGCUAUAAUGAAUCACUCUGUGCAUGUACGUUUUUUGUAUUGUUGGCAGUACAUCCUCAAUAUAAAUUCCUAAAGCAGGAUUUCUGUGUAAGUGCAUGUAUGGUUUUGUUAGAUAUUGGCAAAUUCCCCUCAAAAGGCGCUGUGCCAGUUUGCAUUCCUAGCAGUGUCUGAGAGUGCCUCUUUCCUCCACAGCCUCAUCAACAUUAUAUUGUCAAGCUUUGAACAUUUGCUAAUAUGACAGUGUCACAUUUGAAGACGGGCACUGAGGAUGAGGAACCAACUGAAGAAUAUGAAAAUGUUGGAAAUGCAGACUAUACGUGGCCAAAAGUGAAAGGUCUUUACAAGGAUUGUAUGCCUGAAUCUAAGGUUGGUGACACAUGUGACUGGGAUAGCAAGGUAGAGAAACAACAGGAAAAGCCUCUGGGAAACAGGGUAAAGGAAGACAGAAGCAGCAUCAGGGAAGCGAUCAGCAAAGUUAAGAGUACAGCAAAUAUAAAAACAGAACAGGAAGGUGAGGUGUCUGAGAAGAGCUCACAUCUAAGCCCACAGCAUAUCACACACCAGACUAUGCCUGUAGGACCGAGAGGCAGUGAGCAAGACAAAUGUGUGGAGAACAUUAAUGGAACCUCCCACCCCAGUCUACAGCAGAAAACCAGUGCUGUUAAGAAAUUACAUAAAUGUGAUGAGUGUGGGAAAUCCUUCAAAUAUAAUUCCCGCCUCGUUCAACAUAAAAUUAUGCACACUGGGGAAAAGCGCUAUGAAUGUGAUGACUGUGGAGGGACUUUCCGGAGCAGCUCGAGCCUUCGGGUCCACAAACGGAUCCACACUGGGGAGAAGCCGUACAAGUGUGAGGAAUGUGGGAAAGCCUACAUGUCCUACUCCAGCCUUAUAAACCACAAAAGCACCCAUUCUGGGGAGAAGAACUGUAAGUGUGAUGAAUGUGGAAAAUCGUUCAAUUAUAGCUCUGUUCUGGACCAGCAUAAAAGGAUCCACACUGGGGAGAAGCCCUAUGAAUGUGGUGAGUGUGGGAAGGCCUUCAGGAACAGCUCUGGGCUCAGAGUCCACAAAAGGAUCCACACAGGGGAGAAGCCCUACGAAUGUGACAUCUGUGGGAAAACCUUCAGUAACAGCUCUGGCCUUAGGGUCCACAAAAGGAUACACACGGGUGAGAAACCUUAUGAAUGUGAUGAGUGUGGGAAGGCCUUCAUUACUUGCAGAACACUUCUCAACCAUAAAAGCAUUCACUUUGGAGAUAAACCCUAUAAAUGUGAUGAGUGUGAGAAGUCUUUUAAUUAUAGCUCUCUACUCAUUCAGCAUAAAGUCAUCCACACUGGAGAGAAACCUUAUGAAUGUGAUGAAUGUGGGAAGGCUUUCAGGAACAGCUCAGGCCUCAUAGUACAUAAAAGGAUUCACACUGGAGAGAAACCUUACAAAUGUGAUGUCUGCGGCAAAGCAUUCAGCUAUAGCUCAGGCCUUGCAGUCCAUAAAAGCAUUCACCCUGGGAAGAAAGCCCAUGAAUGUAAGGAGUGUGGGAAAUCGUUUAGUUAUAACUCACUUCUUCUUCAACAUAGAACUAUUCACACUGGAGAGAGACCUUAUGUAUGUGAUGUGUGUGGGAAAACGUUCAGAAACAAUGCAGGCCUCAAAGUCCACAGGAGGCUUCAUACUGGGGAAAAACCAUAUAAGUGUGAUGUCUGUGGGAAGGCCUAUAUCUCACGCUCUAGCCUUAAAAAUCACAAAGGAAUCCAUCUUGGGGAGAAGCCCUAUAAAUGUAGCUAUUGUGAGAAAUCCUUCAACUACAGCUCUGCCCUUGAGCAGCAUAAAAGGAUUCAUACCAGGGAAAAACCCUUUGGGUGUGAUGAGUGUGGAAAAGCUUUCAGAAAUAAUUCCGGCCUUAAAGUACAUAAACGGAUCCAUACUGGGGAACGACCUUAUAAAUGUGAAGAAUGUGGGAAGGCAUACAUCUCUCUCUCGAGCCUUAUAAAUCAUAAAAGUGUACACCCUGGGGAGAAGCCCUUUAAGUGUGAUGAGUGUGAUAAAGCCUUCAUCACAUACCGAACCCUUAUAAACCACAAAAAAGUUCAUCUUGGGGAGAAGCCCUACAAAUGUGAUGUGUGUGAGAAAUCUUUUAAUUACACAUCACUCCUUUCUCAGCACAGAAGGGUCCACACUAGAGAGAAACCUUAUGAAUGUGAUAGGUGUGAGAAGGUCUUCAGAAACAACUCAAGCCUUAAAGUUCAUAAAAGAAUCCAUACUGGGGAGAAGCCCUAUGAAUGUGAUGUGUGUGGAAAAGCCUACAUCUCACACUCAAGCCUUAUUAACCAUAAAAGUACCCACCCUGGCAAGACACCCCAUAUGUGUGAUGAAUGUGGAAAAGCUUUUUUCUCAAGCAGAACUCUUAUAAGCCAUAAAAGAGUCCAUCUUGGGGAGAAACCCUUCAAGUGUGUUGAGUGUGGGAAAUCUUUCAGUUACAGCUCUCUCCUUUCUCAGCACAAGAGGAUCCACACAGGGGAGAAACCCUAUGUGUGUGAUAGGUGUGGGAAGGCCUUCAGGAACAGCUCAGGCCUCACAGUGCAUAAAAGGAUCCACACAGGUGAGAAACCCUAUGAAUGUGAUGAAUGUGGGAAGGCGUACAUCUCACACUCAAGUCUUAUCAACCAUAAAAGUGUCCAUCGGGGGAAGCAGCCAUAUAAUUGUGAGUGUGGGAAAUCCUUCAAUUAUAGAUCAGUCCUUGACCAGCACAAAAGGAUCCACACUGGAAAGAAGCCAUACCGAUGUAAUGAGUGUGGUAAGGCUUUUAAUAUCAGAUCAAAUCUCACCAAGCAUAAAAGAACCCAUAUUGGAGAGGAAUCUUUAAAUGUGAUAUAUGUGGGAAGUCAUAGUGGCAUAUCCCAGAAGAGAACCUAUGAGGGAGGGAAUGCCCUGGAUGGGAGCAGGAUGAGUAUGCCUUUGUAGCAGGCAGAGCUUACCAAGUCUCAGAACUCAAAUGGAAGAAAUACCUUAUGAAUGUAAGAAUGCAUGGGGUCAUGGCUUGUAAUUUACCCAGUAUAAAUGAAACCAUCCUAGAGGAUUGUGAGGAAUCCUUUCUAUGUGAUUUUCAAUCAGUGAGCAAGAAAGGUUCCAGUGUCAAGGUAAUUCAGCUCUUGCAGGAUAUAAAAUAGUCCAUCCUUGAGAUAAAAACUUAUCCAGAUGACGGGAUGUCAAACGAAUCUUCAAAAUUAGUAGACAUUUCUGGACAUAAAACACACAAGAGGAAAGGACUUCAAUUAAAAGUCACAUAAUCACCAUCAGAAAGUUCAUGUUUGGUAAAUUCUAUUACUAGAAAUACAGAAAAUUCAGGUAUAUCUUUGAAUCCCAAUUACACAUUGGUCAGUGGGAAAGCUAAGAAGGGCCUCUAGCAGGCAAUUUCAGGGAGAGAUAGGCUUCAGGGAAUAUAAAUUUAUUUAAUAUUAGUGUUUUUGAAGUAUAAACUUGAUAUAAUUGUUUUGGGAGGGGGACAAUGAUGAUGACUUCUGAAACAAAAUCUGAAUUUCCUUUUAGGAAAAGUAGAAAGCAUAGACUUAUUAUUCUAACAAGAGAUAGAGUCACUCUUAAAAAAUGCAAGCUGAUGAACAUAAUAUUGUGAUACAUUAGUUGAGUGAAUGAAACUUCUUUAAAGUUUCAGAUGAACUCCUAUAAUGAAUGAUGAAUUUGUGAUGAGGGAGAACCUGGAAGUGGUAUUCACACAUAUGCAACAAUAAAAGGUUCUACCAGGGAGAGGAUUUUGACACAUUCAGUAAUGGAACACAUCGUCAACAUAAAUUUGCGCCUUACAUGACGUAAUUGAUUCAGGGAUUCCUAUGAAUAGGAAUGCUGGGAAGGAACGCAUUUUGUUGCAGAAGCUAAAAAGCUAAGUACCAGUCCCUCCAGAGAGAAGGAAAGUAAUGUUUCUUAAUAAUCCUGUUAAGUGUUUGUUUUGGAAUGUGUUACUGUAAAGAUGUCAUGCAGUACAUGUGUAUAUUGUCUCUUGUAAAAUGUUAACAGAUACUUUGUUUAGGGCUCACUCUUUGUCAUGGCGUCUGUGGUAGGUAAAGUGGAAUUCCAAUAAAGAAAUUCCUCAAAUCAAAACUGGCUGUGAGUUUAGAUGGAGGAUACCCAGAGCCAUUUGUGUGUCAGGUCUUUGUAGGAUAAGUUAUACCAGCUCCAAACCAGAGAGGGCAGUGGACUCAUCCCACAGAUGCUAGCAGCUCAACUAGUUUCCAGAAAUUAGAAGGUGCCUCCCUAGGACAAGCACAGGUUGGAUUUUGAGGGUAGUGGAGCAGUGUGAUCCUCAUACUGGGCCGGAUCCUAACUCAUGGGAGCAGGUAGGUUGUGUGCGUGGUAAGUCGCCACACAGCUCUGUCAGGAACAUGUAGAAUUGAACAUAAAAUACUGCUGUGUAUGAAGCUGUUAACUAGGUAACUCAAAGGUUAAAAAUAGACUCUUGAGAAUUUAGUAACCUGCUGAGGAUACUGUUAGUGGGCUAAUCAGUAAAGGCUGAAUUCUAAGUCUGAUCUCUGGUUUCAGAAUCCACUGUCUUUACAAGAGAACAAUCUCUAGCCAUGUAGUUUCCCAUCUCCAUCUAGGACUCCUGUCUCUCUAGCCAGAUAGCUUCCAUGCUCUUUCUAGGAGUAUAAUUAUUUGACUUUGUAUCCAAAUCCCUACCAGUAAGUUUUGAUGGCUGGGGUGGGGAAGGGUGGAGUUGAGGGAGGAAUAUUCUGAUUAUACUAGCUCUCUAUCCUUCUUUGCACAUGACACUGACAAGCCUGACCCUAUACACAGACUUGGACUGAUUAAGUAAAUACUUGAGGAUCUGCUAGGCACUGUCCCUUGUCGUAGGUACUGGGUGGGAGAGGAUGGCAGCAGUAGAUCCUAGUAGAUGAGGAUGAAUAAAGGGAGAAAGGCUAUUAGCACAACCACCCUAAUGGAUGUCUGACUUAGGCUCUGCAGGUGCUCGGAGGACAGUGACCAGGACCAACCAAGUGGGAGGAAGCAAUGACAUCUGGGCAGGACGUUGAAUUGGGUUUUCUGAGAGAGGAGUGGAAACUAGGACGACCUGAGUAAAGACAGUGACGGAAGUGCCCAGGCAUCUUCCAGUGAGGUUGGUCUAUGGCAGGGCUGGUGUCUGGGCAGGAAGAAGGGUGCCAUGGAAUACACAUUCCCAGUAGUCAUGGGGACGUGAAUUGGGCUUCCUUCUGCUGAAGAUGAGACCAGCUCUGGCUGUUUUUAACCUGAGGUCUCCAUGUGCUCCUCACACAGGAGAGCUCCCGUACUUGAGCUCCAGCUAAACCUAAUGCACUGCCUACUUUUGGGGAAGAUGCAGGCUAAAUAACAAAGGAGAGGAUGGCCACAGCUCAGGUGGGGAUUCUGAGUGCCUCAGUUCCCCAAGCGCCAGACAUGGCUCCUACUACGGCCCCCGUCUACUUGCAUGCUCCAGAAAUGGGUCCAAGUCCUUGAGUGUACCUACAGCCAGAUAAAAGCCAUUCAGGCUGAUCCCAGACAUGGUGGGUUCUCCAUUAUAGCACAGACCCAAUGAACUGGUGUGGCUGAGCCUGCUCAGACCAGGGAUGGAAGGUCGUUUAGGGACUACCCCCAACCCCUUCCAGAGAAUUAUAUGCAGUUGGGAAAAAUAAAGACGGGAAGGGAAAAGCAGGGAAGAGAAAGAAAAAGAAAAAGCCUGAAUAAACAAUGAGUAUGUAGUAGCCUUCCAUAGGAGUGCACAUCUCUCUGUUAGCAAAUUUGUCUGCAGGUGAAAGCCUGGAAAAUAAUUUCAUGUUUCAUGUAUGGAGACACUGGGUGUGAAACAGUACUGAACGCCAGUCCUGCAAUGCAGGGGAAUUUUCCUUCACGGGAUUCAAAAAGGAGAGGAUCACCACCAGGACAACACCUGAAGACCUGUUAGCUGAAGAUAGACGUUGGGGACCUGAAGUCUGUCUGCAUCAAGACCUUGAGGAAUUGGCUCAGCUGUACCUAGGGAGUCCCUGGACUGGGAAGACCCUCCAUUCCUCUUCUACAGCUUCAGCUAAGGGCCUUGGCCUAGAGACAUGGAGAAAGAAGUAGAAUACACUACUUCAAUUGUAUUCCUACUGAGGAGCCAUUCUCUUUUAGACCUGACAGUUCUUCUCAGGCUGUAGAUGGUGCCAUUGUGCUAAGGAAGCCGUUUGCAUGAAACCUGUGUAGAGGCGGUGAAAUAUAGUGGCUGAGAGUGUGGUGUCUCUGCCAGGAAACCUGGAUUCAAAUAAGGACUCUCACGUAUUUCCAGAUGACUUUAGUCAAGUAACUAAGCCUUGUCUU